AUGUAUUCUCGCCUUCCUCUUCUCCUUUACGUUCUUCUCUUAAAGAUUGCCAGUCGGGUGAAUGACGCCUCUUUUUCGCCACCACCACCAUCGCAACAGCAACAGCAACAGCAUCAUCGUCAAUAUCGUCAGCAGCAGCGAGUGAAAAACGCCCCCUUUUUUCCAUGCCAAGACCAAAAUCUUGACCUUUUCGUCGACGAGAUACAAUACGAACAGACGAAUAUAGCGCACGAUUUCAGCGUCUUUAGGGCAUUAUUGUUAGCAACGAAGGGUUUGACUUGUGACGGAAGAGGUCAAUCGUAUCGGACGAUUUUUGCGCCGACAAAUCGAGCGUUUGAACGAUACGCGUUGAGACAUGCGUGUGGGAUUUCAACCGUAUUUGAGGACGAUAUGCUCUUGUGCGAGAUGGCCAAGCGGCAUCGUUUCGAAAGAAGAAUACACUCUAAGGAUUUCAUCGAUGGACGUUCGUUUGAGGAAUGGGAAGAUGGGCAUCGAAAGAGAGCUGACGUUCGCGUAGUCAAUCGUGAAAGUAAAAAGAGGGAAAUUUACGUAACAAACGCGAAAGUGAUAUCAUCGUAUCCGACGUGCAACGAUUCCGUGACGGUGCACGCGAUCGAUGACCUAAUCAUCGAUUUAUUCAAUGCGCAGGAUUUGCUCGCAACGCAGAGACUACCAUCAUUGUAUGACUUUCUCGAAAAUAGUGCGUUCGCAGAAGAUGUUUCUGUUACGCUGGAAGCAUUAUAUGUCGCUUUCGGGAACGUGAAGAUCUUUCAGAACGCCGGCUCGGCGAGGACCAUGUUAAUACCAACGAACGAGGCUUGGAGAAAACUGUUUGCGGAAACAUCUCUCACAAAAUCGAUGCUUUUCAAAGACGAAUCUAAUCAAGAUCAGUUAAAGAAUAUAGUGUUGAGGUUUCUCGUUUCAUCUUUUCAGCAGUUGAAAGCGAGUUCCGGAGCCAUGAUGUCGUUCGCUCAAAGUUACGGCGGAGAUGAUUUUAUACUCGUGGAAGACAUCCGUACCGCAGAUGGCUUAUUAAUGAUCGUUUCGCGCCUCCCUCUCAUAGAAAUGCGCGUAGAAAAGAGUCCGGCGUCGAAAUUCUUCGACCCGGUGUUUCUGUUACAAAAGAACGCCAGAGUCUCUUUGUAUACAAAUUUGUUGCGAAGCGAAAGUCAAAUUAUUGACUUUCUUCAGCAGGAACUUCCGGCCAUUUCCUCAUCAAAUACGAAUAGCGGCGACAAGACGAGAUCCGUCAUUGGUGUUCUGGUACCCACAAAUGCGGCGUUUCGGGGCGCGCUAAGAUACUUGAACGUUCAAAAUUUGCUCACGCCUUUGAAUAUAUUCAACGCUACGGAUGACGAGAGAGCUCUAUUGAAACUCAUCACGCAGCAAAUCAUCACGUACAACACGUUUCGGAUUUUAGAACCAGACGCGAUGGCGCUCGAAUCUGCCGCCAAAGACGCGACGGCUGAAGUUAAUUUUGAAUUAUUGGAUAGUUACCUCUCAUAUCCAGUGCUCAGACGACCUGGGAACGUGUUUGUGGGAAAUCCGAUUGCAAAGAAACUGAAAGUAACGAAACGAAAGGGUGAAAACAUUAUGAAAGUGCGCGGUUUGCUGAAUUCUGCUUCAGUUUUACAAAUCAUAUCGUCAAAUAAUGGCAUAUUGAUGGUAACGGAUGAACUAUUGAGUCCACCGACGGCAGAGUUGGGUUUGAGUUUAUCAGACAGGCUCGAGAGAAUCCCGUUUGCCUUCGUAUAUCGAAACCUGCUGGCUUAUUUGGGACUAUUUCCGGAGCUGCGAUCGGGAUGGAGUGAUGUCAUAGUACUCAUGGCUCACGAUUUGCCUAUGAUUUCCACCUUAUCGGGUGUUGACAUGAAUAUUACAAUAACGUCUAAUGCAACGAAUGGAGUGAACACAACGUCGUCAUUAUUUAUUGAUAAUGAAGAUGACAACAUGGUCGACGAAGUGCUGUACGAUAUAAUCAUGCGUAAUAUUUGGUUCAACCAUCUUCAAAGAGACGCGGAUUUGUACCACGAAUCCUACGUUUCUCUAGAUGCGCACAACUUGGACGAAAACGUAAACUGUUUUCAAACUCUGAACGAUGCAACAGGAAGCGACACGUGCAAUCGAUUUAACAGGGAGGACGUAUUUGAUACCGAUUCCGAAAAUGUUGAGAGAAAGGUUUACGUAGAAGUUCUCGAACAAGACAAUACAACUCAGAUGCGGCAGAUUAUCGGGGAUCAGCAACUAGCGCUCAACGGAGAAGUCAAAAUUAUAUCCUCUUUACUUAUCCCGAACUUCAACAAAAAAUGCACAAGAUUGCCUGAUUUUUCGAUAAAUAUUACGGACGACCAUGCACUGAGUCAUACCAUUGUAAUCGAUGAGUUGCACGAGAAAGUGAAAAAGCGCUUCUCUGUGGAAACUGUCAUCAAAACUUUCAAGCGUCAAGUAUCAGUAAAUUCGUCACAAACCAACGUCACGAGCAACGGUACUUCAUCAGAUGAGGUGGCAGACGUUUUCGCGUGCAAUCCUUGGUGUUUAGGCCCAACCACUUGGAUCUUUUGUAAGCCGUGCACAGGCGAACAGUUUCAAGUUAUAUUUUCAAUUGGAGGCUUCGCACCGUAUCAAAAUGGGGGAGGAGCGAUGAUACUCGCCGUGAGCGAUACAAACGAGUUAUUUUUUGGCGUUUCACCGUACGUCGAAAAUUUCUCGUUGAAGACACAGGAUUCUGGUGGUGGCUUGAGACUCAUAGAUGCGCGAGUCAAAGCAAUUGGCGUAUCCAUGCCUCGAGAGAAACCUAUUCGAGUUCUUGCCACUUAUGAUGGAUACGCAAAUAUAACAAAAAUAUACGUAAACGGUAAAUUUCGAGGCGUUUCAAGUUUAAACGGCUACCAGUUUGAACCAUUCGUCAACGACGACGUGCCUCCAUCAAUUCGAAUAGGGACGUUAGGGGUGACAACAAACAACGCAUCAUCAGUUUCUGAUAAAACACCAGCUUUAUUGAAACUGUUUCCUCGACUGCAAAGCACGUAUGACAACGACGUGACGAAUACAUAUUUAGACUACGCAGGAGACAUUGAUGCCGUAAAUGUCUGGUUUGACCACGUCAAAUAUCCAUCCACUUGUUAUAAUACGUAG